AUGGCUUCCUUCGCCGUCCGCUCCAUCGACCACGUCGUCCUCACCGUAAAAUCCCUCCCCAAAACCAUAGACUUCUACACCCGAAACCUCGGAAUGAAACAUGAAGUCUUCACCUCGAAGGGCCAAGAACGGUACGUUCCACCCACUCAUGCACUCCCCUCACAUCUCUGCCUCCGCUCUAACAAGCAAGCAUGCAUAUAGACACGCCCUCCUCUUCGGCACCCAGAAACUCAACCUCCACCAAUCCGGGCGGGAAUUCGAGCCCAAAGCUACGAACGUACAACCUGGGAGUGAGGAUUUGUGUUUCAUUAUCGAUGAGGACGUGGAGGUUGUGCGGGGGGCGUGGAAGAAGGCAGGGGGGGAUAUGGUGAUGGAAGAGGGAGGGGAAGUGGUGGAGAGGACGGGGGCGGUGGGGAGGUUGAGGAGUGUGUAUUGCAGGGAUCCGGAUGGGAAUUUGAUUGAGUGA